CAAAUCAAAGAAGAAGAAAAAUGGCUUCUUCCACUCUCCGUUUACGCUCCACCCACUUCCUCUUAUCCUACGCACCUCCCUUUUCAAAACCCUUCUCUCCAAUUCCUCCCCGUUCCGCCACUCCUCCUAACCUCACCCACCGUUCCACCGCCCUCCGCCCUCUCAAUGCCACUGCCGCGCCCGAAAAAAUCGGAAAACUCGGCACCGAAAUCUCCAACCUAACCCUCGAGGAAGCCCGCACCCUUGUCGACUACCUUCAAGAGAAACUCGGCGUCUCCGCCGCCGCUUUCUCCCCCGCAGCCGUUCCAGUUGCCGCCCCCGGUGGUGCCGAUGCCGGAGAGACUGUUGUCGAAGAGAAGACUGAGUUCGAUGUGGUGAUCGAGGAGGUUCCUAGCAAUGCCAGGAUUGCGGUGAUUAAAUCCGUUAGGGCUCUGACAAAUUUAGCUUUGAAAGAAGCGAAAGAGUUAAUUGAAGGUUUGCCCAAGAAGUUCAAAGAAGGAGUUUCGAAGGAGGAAGCCGAUGAUGCCAAGAAACAACUUGAAGAAGCUGGAGCUAAAGUUUCCAUGGCUUAGAACAGCCUUUCGAAGGAUACGUAGUUGCAAAUUGAGUACUUCACAGUUUAGGGUUUUUUUGCAUUGGAUAAGGACUCAAAUCAAGUUCUUCUCAAAAUUUAUUCGAGGCUGAGCUAAGGUCGUCCCUUCCAGUAUUGUUUUGUAAGUAUAUAGUCGAUUUCAAAAUCUUUGGUAAAUUUGUGUGGGUAUAAAAUUGUGAUUUAGGAUUUUUCAUCUAAUAAAGCAUGUAAAAAAUAUUUUUAUAUUUUUUAUAUUCUUUAAACUGAAAUGUAAUUUCAAUAUAAUUUUAAUAUUUUCUAGGUUGAAAAUUUGAAAAUGUAAUUA